AAACAAAACUUUCAAUAAAGCAAUACAUUUGAGAUCCUGUGCUUCUAAAUCGAUCUUCAAACGUAUUUUUCACUUUCAUUUGUUUCGAUAUGCUUUGAGCAAGCUUUUGUAAUGUCAGGAGAUCUGAAAGAAGUUGAAAAUAUAAUUGAAACUGCUGGGAAGCUGGGCUGGACCUCUUUGAAUAUCAGUAACCAUAAUUUAACAGUUCUGCCUGGAAGCAUCUGCAAACUUAACGACCUGAGGGUGCUAUUACUGAAUGAUAAUAGAAUUAUCAUGCCUCCUGGAGAACUUGUCUUGUUAACAAACUUAGAACAAUUGUCAUUGGAUCAUAAUCAACUAACGAUGCUGCCAUCCGGAUUUUGUGGACUAACGAACCUGAAAGCUCUUUCAUUAAGUCAUAAUAGUCUGGCAUUUUUGCCGUCUGAAUUUGGAAAGUUGCAGUACCUUACAGAACUAUGGAUUGUUAACGUCCAAUUAAUGUCGUUACCUCCUGAAAUUUGCUUUUUGGAAAGACUAACGAAGCUUGGUGCUGGAGAAAAUUUGCUAACGAGCCUACCAGAAAAGUUCUCAAACCUUAAAGCUUUGAAGUGGCUGAGUUUGGUGAAAAAUCAGAUCAUUGGUUUACCGCAUGACUUUCAUAUGCUUAAGAAUUUAACUUAUUUAGAUCUUAGUUAUAACUGUCUACAGUCUAUUCCAGCUUGUUUGAAGCAGUCAAAUAGCCUUAUAUAUUUGAAUUUAAGAAAUAAUGACAUUAGUAUAAAACCAAAUGAGAUGUCCAAGGGCUUUAAAAAUUUAUACAAAUUAGAUUUACGGCAUACAAAAGUUUUGGAAAUGCCAGAAGAAAUGGUAAAGUUUGAAUUGGUUCUCAAAGGAAAUGAUCUGGACAAUGAUGUCAUUCAGGAAAAUGGAAUGAACGAACGAACAAGACUAAAAAAAUUUUGAAUGUUUUAUAGUCAAUUACUGAGAGUGUUUUAAUAUUUUCAUAGUUCAUAUUUAUUACAUUUAUGAUAUUUAUAAGUGACUUAAAUUUUGAUAAAGUUAGGGUAUAUAUGACUCAUAAUGUCCCAU